CCUCGGCGCUGCCGCCGCGGCUCCCCUCCCGCCCGGGUCCGGCGCUGCCCUGCCCGCUCCCGGCGGCCGCGGCCGCUCGGCAGCGCCGCCGCUUCCUGCCGGGGCUUACCCCAGCCUCCCUUCCCCUCUCCGCCGCUCCCCGCGGCGCCCCGCCAUGGCGUGAGCGCGGCCAUGGGGCUGGCCCGGCGCCGCCGCCUGCCCCCGGGCGCUGCGUCGCUCUCCCGGGCCCGGACCCCGCGCCGCCGCCGCCGCGCCCCGCCGCGCCCCCGCGGCGCACUGACCGCCGCCUUUCCUCCUCCUUCGCCCCCGGCCGCCGCCGCCGCCACCCGGCGACGAGCCUGGCCGUAGCCCUCCCCCCCCCCGCCCCUUCCCUCCUCCCACCUCCGCCGCUGCCCGCGCUCCCGCGCCGUCGGGCCCGGCGCGGCCGCCAGCCCCGGCCCGCCGCGGCGCGGCCUCCCCGCCAUGUGAAGCGCAGGAAGAUGCAGAGGCGCAGCCCGGCCGCCCGCGGCGAGGGAUGAGCCUAGACGAUGAGAAGAUGACCGAGGAAGCCUACCCUGACGAUGACAGCUAUAUUGUGCGAGUCAAAGCUGUGGUUAUGACCCGAGAUGACUCCAGUGGGGGCUGGUUGCCACAAGAAGGAGGUGGCCUCAGUAGAGUUGGUGUCUGCAAGGUCACGUACCCAGAGGGCAAUGGAAGAAGUGGAUUUCUAAUCCAUGGUGAAAGGCAGAAAGACAAACUGGUGGUGCUGGAGUGCUUUGUGAAGAAGGACCUGGUGUAUACGAAGGCAAACCCCACCUUCCACCACUGGAAAGUCGACAACAGAAAGUUUGGGCUCACUUUUCAAAGCCCUGCCGACGCGCGAGCCUUUGACAGAGGAGUGAGGAAAGCCAUCGAGGACCUCAUUGAAGGGUCUACAACUUCCUCGUCAACGCUUCACAACGAGGCUGAGGUCGGCGAUGAUGAUGUCUUCACUAAUGCUACAGACAGCUCCUCAAACUCCUCUCAGAAAAGGGAACAGCCUGUGCGGACUUUGGCUUCUCCUGCGUCCUGCGAACACCGAAGAAUUUGCACUCGUGGACACCUUCACGACCAUUACAGCUCUGACCACUACCAUCUAGAACAAUCAGUCCCACGCUCCUACCGGCACGUCAACUUCCCGGAUGACGAGGAGGAGAUCGUGCGCAUCAACCCUCGGGAGAAGAUCUGGAUGACCGGCUACGAGGACUACCGCCACGCCCCGGCACGAGGGAAGAGCUUCGACCCCGACGACGUGGACUCCUACGUGCGCUUCGCCAAGAGCGAGGCCUCCAAGCACGAGUACACUUACCCUUACGUAGACAAUUCGGACUUUGACCUGGGUGAAGACAUCAAGGGUGCUGUGAUAAAGACUCAACCUGUCAAGUUCAAGCCCAGGAGGAAGGAGGAUGGUGAGCGGUCACGGUGCGUGUACUGCAGGGACAUGUUCAACCACGAGGAGAACAAGCGGGGGCAGUGCCAGGACGCUCCAGACCGUGUCAAGACCUGCAUCCAUCGAGUGAGCUGUAUGUGGUGUGCAGACACUAUGCUCUAUCACUGUAUGUCCGACCCAGAAGGAGACUACACAGAUCCUUGCUCGUGUGACACCAGUGAUGAAAUGUUUUGCCUCCGGUGGAUGGCCCUUAUCACCUUGUCUUUCAUUGCUCCAUGUAUGUGCUGUUACUUGCCGCUGCGGGCUUGUUACCACUGUGGGGUCAUGUGCAGGUGCUGUGGUGGAAAACACAAAGCUGCUGGAUGACUACAGAUGAGUUGGAGGGGUUCUGUUUCUUCUGUAGUCGGAGGAACACGUUGGUUUUGGAGCACUGAGGUCACUCGUUUUUGAUGCAGCCACUGUGCCCAACAGCAUCCGGGAACCACCAGUCCUACGUCCAGUCGUCUGGGGCUCACACUGCAUUGAUUUGCUCAUCAAGUGUUCUAACUAAACUAACCUACAGCAUAGACUUUUGUAUUAUUAAUCUGUAAUCGAAACAGACUGUCUUGUA